AAAAAUAAAAAAAUAAAAAAAUAAAAAAAAUACAAAAGCCGCAGCGCUUCCAUUUUCAUAUAUAACUGUCUUGCAAAAUCGCCAAAAUUGUUUUAUGAAAUCACCUAAAUGCUUUCACUCCCUGCUUCCUUCACAUCUUCGUCACCACCACUGCCAAAACCCAGGCUUCCAAGUGCGCCCCGGCGUUGUUCUUCUCCCGGCCGCCACUUUCGUGCUGGCUCCGGCUGGGACUCCAACGCUGAGGCCGUCCGGACUGGACGGUUCCGGUUCAUCCCCAAAGACGAGUUCGUUACAGACGAUGAGGAUGAUGGCUAUGGCGACUGCGGUUUCAGAAGCUCCGCGAAGCAGAGGGUCUGGUGGUCCGAAGAGUCUUCUGACUUCGAAGAUGAUGAAGAGGUGGGGUUUUGGGACGAUUCUAUUGAUACUGCUUCUUGGAUAUUCAAGAUGUUAAGAGCCAUUGGAUGGAUGCUUCCAGCCAUCAUCAUAUCCUUGGUCCUAGGGACAGGCUCAAAUGCUCUCUUCAUGGCAUUAGCACUUCCACUAGGGCAGUCUGCACUUUCCCUUGUAAUUGAUAAAUUGUGGGGAAGUACAAGCAGCAGCCCAAGACCCAGGCCCACAACCAAGAAGAAACCAUUUGCCAGAAGAGCAAGCAGCAGUAGAACAGAUGAGGAAAAACGAGAAGAGAACAUCAAUACUAACAGGGAAAAGGGGAGCUAUCGGUCCUGGAAUUCUGCAAAUGAUGCUUCUGUCAAGAAGGGUGCCAAAACUGUUCCCAGUUAUGGAGGGUGGGAUGACCUAGAUAAGCAUAGUGCCAGCAAAGCUUCUGAACGGGUGCAGACUCGGAGGGUGGAUGGUCCUCAAAGGCAACAAAGGAAAGGUAAACUGAGUAGGAGAAGGAACAGAGACGCACCACUGCUGCUGAGGUUGAUGCUUGCCGUGUUCCCAUUCCUCGGCUUCUGGACCAAGUUAUUAUAGGAACUACAUACGCUUGCAGAAUUUUGAAGUACUAAUUCCUAUGCUCUGCUUUUAAGUGACCAGAGAGUUUUCUUGGAACAUGGCAUUUCCUCACAUUACUUAUGCAUGCUUCCUCAUGUCAUCAGUGAUAGGCAGCUCUCAACUGCUCAAGGGUAAUUCAUUUGUCCCAUUGUUAUUUCUAGUUUUUUAAUUUCCUAGAAUGUUGAUGAAUCCUUGUAAUUAUUCUGUUACAAUAUAUGAUUUCUGUUGUCCUCGUGUCA